AUGGAUUUCACUCAAGAUAGCCACAGUGAUUCCAGAGCCUAUGAUAUCUCACCAGGAGUGAUUGACUCCUCGGCCAGACCCAGAACUGGGGUUCUUAGGCGGUCUUGCGAGGCUUGUCGCGCGCUGAAAGCUCGCUGUAUCCACGUGCCAAGCUCGGGGUCCAGGUGCUGCAAAAGCCAACACUUUUCUGAAUAUUUCGUGCGUAGAUGUAUGGACCAUGGCCUCGACUGUGUGUUUGAAGAGGCCAUUGCCAGGCCAAAGAGAGCCCGUGCCAGUGCUCGUACCCGAGUAAAGGAUGUCGAGGAAAAGAUAGACAGUCUCAUAGCCCUCAUCGCCGCCAGAAACGAGCCCCAGACCAAAGUGAUGGACAAGACCAUCCCCAACUUGACCAUUACAAGUUUCUUGGACUAUGAAGGAAACUUUUCCUUCCCAAACAUCAUGAACAGCUCUGGUCUGGUGUUCCCCGAGUCUGGGUUUCCAACUACUUCACCAAUGAUGGAACUGGCUCUGUCACCCAGUGUCAACGAUGUCUUCUCCAAAGGCAUCGUCACUUUUGAAUCAGCACAAGGCUACUUGCAGGCCUUCGUUGCCGAUGCCGCGCUUUUCCCCUUUGUUGUGAUUUCUCCACAUAUGACACUGGAAUUUUUGAGGAGAGAGAGACCUUGUUUACUUCUUGCCAUCAUGGUUGUUUGCUCCCAAGACCCUGUUCAGGAAAAGUUGAUCACAGAGUUCAAAAGUUUCAUCGCACAACAUAUCAUCGUCGAGGCUCGAAGGGGCAUCGACCCCAUACAGGGCCUGAUUGUCUACACCACUCUGGCUGGGGAUUUCGGACUACCUUCACUGGCAACCAUGAGAGAGAUGAACAACGGCAACGCGAAAAUGCCACGGCCCAUUCGAGAGCUCAAUUCGCAGUAUCUAGACGAACUAGAAAGGAUGAGGGCCUACCUCGGGUGCUAUCAAGUCUCGCACGGCAUGUCAAUUGGCGUCAGGAAACCCACACACCUCCUAUAUAACAGGAGGAUAGAAGAAGCCGCCAAGAUGAUUUCAAGCCUCAAACAGACCGCAAAUGACACUCUGAUACCACACCUCAUCCGUCUUCAACGUUUCGCAGAGGAUAUCCAGAGGACCUUUGACUAUAACGACCCCGAUGGCCUUGAUGAGAUGGAUGGUCCCAAACUGCGAGCCACGGCCAUCAUGCUCGAUCGACAACUCUCACAGGUAGUUGAGGCAAUGCCACUUGAAGUGCGCCAAAACACCGACAUUCAACUCGAAUCGCUGUUCCUCCGCAUUUACAUCUCAGAGAUUGGUAUCCAGAUACCAGGCGGCCACGCCAAACUAGAAGGGCAUUGCUGUGACUGGUGUGCCUCAACCCAUCGCACAGAGCUUAUUAUCAUGUGCAUACGCGCCACCCAGAAGUACCUCGAUUAUUACCUUGCCCUUCCGGAUGCUAUAGCGUCACGACUCAACGUCUUGCAGAUCGGGCGGCACAUGUAUGCAAUAACCAUGCUGGCUCGAGUCAUGAUGCGCGACCAGAUCGGGAAGCUCGACAUCGCUCUCCUGGGCGAACUCGCAGCCGCCCAGGCCUACGUUCAGGCUUCAGAGCGGAAACUUGCAAGACUCAUCACCAUGAUGCCCUGUGGAAAGCAGAAGCAGGAUAUGAUCGGGUUGUUCUAUCGGAUAUUCAAGUUGGCGGCGGAUUGGUUUGAGGCGACAGGCACAAAUCCCCCCAACGCCAUGGAUUUUGACACUUGCAUUGCAGGUUUCGAUAUCAAUCAAAUCAUCCUCAGCCCUGUGCGCAAGGAUUCAUGUGAUUCUUUAGUUUCGAGACCGGUCACCAUUGAUUGUUUAGACAAGCUGUCGGCAACCCCGGAGACCACAUCAGAACACUCAGAGCCAGGGGUACCCGAUGUAUCGCUCUCUCCGAACCAAGAGAUGCUGUGGACGACAGAUCUCAGUGAUUUUACUCCACCAGAUAACAAUAACUGGUUCGCUAUUUGA